GUCGCCGCGGGAGCCACGCGUGCCACCCGAAACCCUGAACCGAUGGGCGCCCGGCCCGCGUCGCCAACGGAGCCGCGACGCUGCCCCAGGGCUGACCUUCGACAUUCGAGUCGGGCUCCGACAGCGCGGCCGAGUCCCCGCUCGUCAUCCUCCUUUGACUCUUGGGGGCUCCAAAGGGACCUCUCUCUUGGCACUGGGGGUGUCUGCGCCCGCCGCCCGCCCCGCUUGGCUUUGCGGCAUCUCGGCCCUGGCUCCAGCUCCGGCUCCGGCGAGUGUCAAGAAGCCAUCGGCCUCAGGGGCAUCGAUAUUUCAGGGUCAUGAAGCUGGAAGCCAGCUGUGGCACAGCCACCUCAGAGGGCCCUAAGCCGGAAAAGGAGACUGCCCGAGAUGCACAGCCAAGCUCUGAAAUCCGGCCACAGGAGGUGGAGGCCGAGCCCAGGUCGGGAUCGGGGCCUGAGGCUGAGGCCGAGCCAUUGGACUUCGUGGUGGCCACGGAACGGGAAUUUGAGGAAGUGCUGGCCAUCUCGGGGGGCAUCUACGGCGGCCUGGACUACCUUCCUAGCCGCUACCACAGCUGGCUCCGGGACCCCGACCGCACGGUGGUGCUGGCCAAGCGCAACGGAGGCGUGAUCGCCCUGGAGUCGGUGAACGUGAUCGACGCCGGGGAGACGGCGCUGGUGGAGGGGCUGCGCGUGGCGCCCUGGGAGCGCGGGAAGGGCGUGGCCGGGCUGCUGCAGCGCUUCUGCUCGCAGCUGGUCAAGCGACAGCACCCGGGGGUCAAGGUGGCACGGCUCACCCGGGAUGACCAGCUGGGCCCCCGGGAGCUGAAGAAAUACCGCCUAAUCACCAAGCAGGGCAUCCUUUUGGUCCGAUUCAACGCGUCCGCGCUGCUGGCCGGGCUGGGCGCGCGGCUGGCGGCGCUGCGGACCUCUGGCACCUUCUCGCCCCUGCCCACCGAGGCCGUGUCCGAGGCAGGCGGCGACGUGGCACGCCUCCUGCUGUCGCCCUCCGUGCAGCGCGACGUGCUUCCGGGCGGGACCAUCAUCCAAGACUGGCAGCCCUACCGGCCAAGCGAAAGCAACCUGCGCCUGCUGGCGGCCAAGGGCCUGGAGUGGCGCGUGGACAGCCGCGCGCGCCCGCGCGUGCUCACGCUGUGCACGCGCCCCUUCCCCAUCCCGCACGGAGGGGACGGCACUUGGCGCUAUCUCAACAUCGACGCCUUCGGUAGCGACGGCGCGCAGGUGCAGAGCCAGCUGCUGUGGCACCUGCAGCGCCAGGCCCCGCGCCUCGCCGGCCUCAACGUCAUGUGCCAGCUCUUCCUGGAGCCCCAGCUGUGGUCACAGCUGGCUGACUUCUGCCAGGCCGGGCUGGGGCUGGAGCUGGUGAAGGGUUAUACUGAACAGUACCUGCUGGAGGCCGACAUCUGAGGCCUCUCCUCUGGCGGAGAAGGGGAAAAAGACCCGUCCUCUUCCGCAGUUUCCCCAGCCAGCCACUUUCCUGCCUUUUCCGACGCUGCGUCUCCUGAGAAGUCCCCUCUGACUCCUGCCCUCCUGCCCUUACCGGCGCAGGUCUCCCCACUCUGUCCCUUUUCCCCUUACUAUCUUGCCUCUAGCUCCCCCAAACACCAUUGCCCAUUCCCUGACCUGAACUUGCGGACUAUUGGGUGGGGGGGUGGGGGCCUUGAGCUGCUGUUAUCCACCCUCUCUUUUCCCAAAGAACUGGUCCCUGCACAGGCUUCAGAGUCCUUCCUUCCCUCUCCAUGACCUCACCCCGGGCAUGAACUCCCCCUUUCCUGGCUUCUCCCUUCUGCCCCCUCGUGGGUGGAAGCACUCAGGAGUGUGUGGGAUGCCCAGCCUCGUUCCCGAGCGCAGCCGCCCAAUCCGCGUUUCUUUUCUUCCUCCUGCCCUUUCUAAAUCCCUAAAAACUGGCUCUGCACUGCCCUCCCCACUCCAAGCCCCUCCCCCUGCUCAAGCCUCUGGUGCCAGAGAUCAGUGCCUUCUCCCCACUUCUCUCUAGCCCCUCAUCCUCAUCCUCUCUGGAUCUCUACAACGCUUAACACCGCAGUGCCCAUUUUUCUGUCCCUGUUUUCCUUCCCAUCACCAGCCCAGUGUGCAAUCCAGAGAGAGAGAGAGAGAGAGAUACUGUAAAAUGAAAUAUAUUUAGAAUGCUUCCCCAUUUGGGUCCUUGUUCACCUGGUGAUGCACUUUCUGAGCCUGCCUCUCUCACUGGGGUUUCCUCCAGCUUUGCACAACGUUGUUAUUUCGCAGGAUCCCCCGUGCCCCAGCUCACCCAAGCGUGGGGCGGGGGGGAUGGUGUGGUUCUAGCUGAAGAGUUUGGUACAGUGGAGGGCAGGUCCCUCAGCCUGCCAUACGGGCUGUCUCCUGGUUCCAACCAGGCCGCCUUCUAGUGCAACUGGAAUUCCCACCUCCUGGUAUUUCUGGACACCACUCCCUUCCUCUGGAUCAUUUAUGCUUUUAGAACUUUGAGAGUCUUCUAUUUAAUUGCAAGUAGUAACAGCUGCAUCUGCACAGCGCUGUCUCCAAUACUGGUUCCCCACAUCAAAGGCAGAGGGAGAAAACAGAAGGCUGGGAAAGAUCAAAGUGACUUGUAAGUCAUUCAGAGUAGCUAGGAGCCUCCCAGCGAAUAGAACCCGGGUGUCCCAAGCCUAAAGCAUGACCUAGAACUUCACUCUGUGUGAUGAUGUUAGCUUGAGCUUCUUGUUGGGCAAUGCAUAGGUGCUAGGAGAAUGUUGGCAGUGAGUUAGGGGUUCGCCGGGGAUGGGAUCCGAGAUGUGGGCAGAGGUGGACACCAGCAGGUGGAAGAAUGUGGACAAGGUGGGGGGUGGGGGCAGCCGCCGCUUCGCCACUUUCCCCAGCUCUGGUUUUGCUACUGUGCUGCUCUCCUUGGCUGCCACCUCCUUGUCACAGUGACCACGAUUGUAUGACAAUAAAAUGGACCUUUUGGCCAC